AUGUAUUCAGUGCCAACUACCUCCAACAAUUUUGAAAACCAAACUACAACAGAAUCUGAACGCAUCCCAACAACAACAACAACAACAACAACAACAACAACAACAACAGUAACAACCAACACUACCACGCCAUCAGCCAACAUCUCAACCGACCUUUCAACUCCUACCAUGAAUUCAAAUUCAACAGAUGACCUGGCAACAAUAACUCCUCCAACUGCCACAGAAUUCGAAACAAACCUGACAACAGUUACCAUUCCACCAAACAUAGAAGCUACAACUGCAGAUUUUUGUACCCGAUGCAGGAGUGAGGGGAAGAAGUGUUGUCCGUACGGUGGCAGUAUUCAUCUCUGCAUGCACAAAUGCGAGUUUGUAAACUGUGGUAGUGUUGUAUGUGAUGCUAAUUCGACUUGCAAAAUCGAGCAUGGUCUACACAUCUGUGUUUCCACUUUUAGUCACCACACCUCACACAGCAGUGGUGGCGGCGCUGGAAUAGCUAUCGCCGUAAUCGCAGGUGUUUUAGUGAUCGGAGGUGGAAUAGGGAUUUAUUUAUUGCGGAGACGAAGGAAUAGAUACAGAUCGUUGGACAACUACAUGUAA